CACCAAAUUUUUAGCAAUUCGAUGCUAACAACAGAAAAUUAAAAUAAUUCUUUAAAUAUUAUGAAAAUAAAAGUAAUUAUAAGCCAAUUAGUCUUCGUCUAUAGUGUAAAUAAGUAGCAUGUAACUGUUAUAGUGGUCUGAGCCGUCAUAUUCUAACAACAUGACUGAAAACAUAGAUUCGGAGGCAAACAACCUCUGUAUUCCCGAGGAUGCAUUUGAACAAUUCCAAGCAGUUUCGAUGUAUCAAGAAGAGGAAUGUAUAGUUCUUCAGAAAGUAGCAACUGAGGAGCCUAAAGAACCAGAUCGCGGUGAGUUAAGUCACAUUUCAUAUGAUAAUGAGGUAGUUGUGACUACUGAAAACGAAAUAAACAGCACAGUCAAUGACAACACAGACGAUAUGGAUACCAGUAUUGAGCAGAAAACAGUAGCCCAUUUGAACACAAAAACGACUGCAAAGGUAGAUGACCAAGCAAACAAUUUUGACCAGGAUAAUGGAUCACAGAAAGUUAGUAGAAGAGGCAGAAAAAGUAAACGUGUGACAGGAACCGAUUACGACGGUACCGCUAAUAACUGUAUCUUACUAGGUUCAUUAGAAAACCAUAGUGACAUCUCAGUAAAUUCUGAACAAGAAUCCCCUGUUAUUAGCAGCACCCUUCCCCGUAAAAGAGGUAGAAAACCUAAAGUGAAAUCUGAUCUUCCGGAAUCAGGAAUAGAUAAGCUACAAUCUAAUAUCUCUAAUACUCCAUUUAGUUCAGACCCAGAGAAUUCUGAUAUAGUAUCCAGUAAUGGCAAGAGAGCGAGGGGCCGUCCACGAAAAGUUGCACUUCCUACUGACCGGGACUUCUCAAGUGAGCUGAGUGGUUCUGAUAAUAACAGAUUAGACGAUCUAUCAUUGCCUCGAAAGAGGGGUAGACCUAGGAGACCAAGAUCAGAAGUAAAUAUUGACAACCAGAUAAAUGUUGAAACAGAUAUCCCGUCAAAUGAUCUAAUCAGUUCAAAGGAUUUGAAUGGGACAACCCCCAUUAAAAGCGACAGCAAGGAUAAUGAGUUAUACUUAGAGAAAGGAAAACAAAACAUAGAGUCAGAGAGUAAAAUUUUCAGUGAUGGUGGAUCUUCUGGAAAUGAUGAUAUCUCAUUAAGUAAUUUCAAAAGCCAUAACAACUUGGAUGAAAACAAUGAGGAUCUCAAUUCUACAAAUACAAGUAUAGAUAAUUUACCUGUUAAUGAUGGUAAGUCUAAUAAAAAAACAAAAUCCACAAAAAAAGGAAAGGGUAAGCCUAGAAAAGUACACACCAAAACAAAUGAAACUGUCUCUGAUCUUGGAAGCAUUAAGUCAGAUGAUGAUGUGACAGAUGAAUUAAGUCUCAGUACAUUAAAAAGCAUACAAACUCACAGCAAUAGUUCUGAAAAUAAUAAUACUGCAGAAGUUUCAACCACUGAGGAUAAAGUUAUUAUUGAACUUACUCUAGAAAGCAGUGGAGAGGUCAAUACUCCAACUAAACGCAGUAGCAAGAUGCCAGUAAUGUCAGACUUUGAGUAUAAUGUAGACAGUGUCAUAGAUAAAGAAUGUGAGGAAAAUGCUAACAACGAUUUACUUGUGGAAGAUACCUCAAAACGACCUGUUCGUAGAAAAGUUCCUAAAUUACGGUAUGAUGAAGGUUCUGAUGAAGAUCCUUUUGCUAAUGUAGAGUUGUCUGAUGAUGAUGAACCAAAAAGAAGAAAAGGUAACAGAUACUAUUCAGAUGACGAAUAUGUACCAGGCCGAAGAGGAAAUAAAGACAUAGAGUCAACUGACACGGAAGCAGAGAAUGAGCUUAUUGAUGAACCAUUUAGUAAACAAAAGAGGAAAAAGUUACGCAAGAAAUCUGACAGUCAGUCUCCACGUAAAAAGGCUACUGGAAGUCAGCCACCUAAGGAUGUAGAAAGUGAUGAUGUAGAGAUUUGCUUAAAACCUGCUGUUAUAGCUGCAAAUGAUGAUUCCGAAUCACACCCCUCCAAACUGUGGGGUACUAGUAAUGAGUUCGAAAACUUCCUUGCUAAGAAAAUUCAAGGUACAAAUUUACAAAUAAAAAAAGUAUCUGCAAAAGAACCCACUGAGAAUAAAACUCUGGAAAUUCCUGUAAUAGACCCUGUGGCUAGGAAGAGCAUUGAAAUAUCUUGCCAAACAAAAUUAAUUAAAACCACGUCUACUGGUGUACAAACCAGUCCACCCUAUGAUAUACCCAUGAAGGACAACAUCACUUUGACCCCUGAACAAUCGGAAAAAGCAUGUUUUUUCCUUAACAGUAUUGUAAAAACUACUUCAGAGUUAGGUACAUUGAUGACUGAAAAAUCUGAAGACUUUAUUAAAAAGAAAAUAAAUACAACCCAUGUUACUGACACAAUGAAGAUGGAUUACUGUGUAAGAAAGUCCUUUUUGUUAUUUAAACUUGCUAAGCAUAAUCUUAUACAAAUGGAAGAAGAUCUUGCAAAACAGUAUGAAGCAUUUCUAGAAAGUAAUAAUUUAUCAUCAUGUAGACAAGGACCAAAUGUUUUAGUGCCGUCAGCCAAGCCUGCAAGUAGUGAUAGUGAUUGUGAAAUAGUGGAGGAACCAAUUAAGUCGUCUCCUGCUCCUAAAUCUAAAGAAAAACCUAAAUUUAACCCUAAAACUGUAUUUCUUAACAAAGAACUUUCUAUAAAAAUAGCUAAAAAGCAACCAGAAAAUAAAAAAAUCGAAAUUAAGGGGCGGCAUACUGUAUGGAUAAAUGAUACAGUAAUGGUAAAGAAAGUCAAGCCUACCCAGUCUUUUUUAGCCCAGGACAGCCGAAAUAAAAAACCUCCAGAUAAUAAGAUCACAACAAAAAUGGUAAGUGAUUUUUUUGAGAAUUAUUACCGCCAGAAAGCCAUAUCCAUUUGUGCCCCCUACAUAACCAUGGAUUGGCUACAUGUGGGCACAGAGUGUGUGUGCAAUUAUUUUGUUGUUAAGCCAGUUGAAUUUGAUAAUAAUGUCACUUAUUCUGGAAGUGGUGGUGUUAGCGCCGCACGCAAUACCAGUACCUCAGAGAUAAAUCAUGCUUCGAAGCAAAUAUCUAACCAAACUUUAAAAUGCCCAGAAACUCUACUCAAACUUUGUUUUCGGAUUGUCAAAAAUCGUAUGCUUGAUAAAAAACAUGUGAAGAAUGUUUAUCAACAAGUGCAAAAUGAAAUUACAGAUGACAGACACCAGCCAAGCUGCUAA